AGCUCAGUUUGCUCGUGACCGUGGUCGCACCAGUGCGCACUGCUAACCGAUUCAGUCAGGUUCCGCCGAUAAAGUUUCGGAAGUUUGAAAAUUAUCUGCGGCAGAGCUAGCUGCCGCACGUGUGGCACUGCGUCUCGGUAUUUCGGUAUUUCGGUAUUUCGGCAUUCUAGCCAAAGGCUAUAGUUUGAAGUGGAAAAAUAUUCGAAAUGGGUUGUGCAACGGGCACCAUAAAGUACUCGCUGUUCCUGUUCAAUGCAUUAUGGGCGAUACUGGGUAUCUUGGUGCUCAUCCUUGGGGGCCUCGGCUGGGGAGCAAUGUCGAAUGCGUAUGCCAUCGGCAUCUUGGUUCUAGGCGGUACUAUCCUGGUAAUAUCCCUGUUCGGAUGCUGCGGAGCCAUUCGCAAAUCGGCGCGCAUGCUGUGGACGUAUGUGUCACUGCUGCUGGUUUUGCUCCUACUUAUCGUGGCCUUUAUCAUCCUGCAUCCCAAAGAUGUCUUUAAGAAGUACGCCCUUCAGACGGUCGAGAAUCAGUGGGAGCUGGAGCAGACAAGUCCUGGCAGUAUGGACAAUAUUCAGAAGACGUACCAAUGCUGUGGCCGGGACAGUGCCCAAGACUACUUGGAUAUCAAAUUCUGGAACGACACCGUUCCAAGCAGCUGUUGCAAGGGAGGCAGCUGCGUGAAUCCCCUGAAUCUCUACGUGAAAGGCUGCCUCAGCCAAGUGGAGGAGGCUUAUGCGGAUGAGGCAACCACUCUGGCGUAUUUAGAGUGGGGUCUGCUCGGAUUGAACGCUGCCAUUCUCUUGCUGGCCAUCUUCUUGGCCAUUCACUACACCAACCAACAGAGGCGAUAUAACUAUUAGUGAAUAGUUACUGAUUAUGAAGCCAAACUCCUCAUUUUUAAGAGUCAUCAAUGUACUGUUUGAUUUUUGAUACGAAAACACAGCUUUACUUGCCAUGCAACUGAUUUCGUCUUUAUUUAAACAAUCGAACAUCUCUUAUAUAAAGCAGUUUUUAACACAGUCGAAUUUUAAAAUAAUAUGUACAUUGUUACAAGACACACCCAAAUGUUGUUUUAAAAUACCAAAUAUAGGAAAAGUAGUUCCAACAAA